AUGACCACCAAGUAUCUAUCGCAGCGCGCCGCGCAGGCUAUCGACGUUGAGCUCAUGUCUCCCACGGGCGGAGGAUUCAGCUUUGAGCAACUGGUCGAAUUAGGCACGUCUGGAUUUAGCGUUGCCCAAGCAAUCACAAAGGAGUACAGCAAGGAAUCGCACUCUCGGGUUGUCGUCUUUUCUGGACCAGGCAACAACGGACUCGAUGGCCUCGUCGCUGCACGGCAUCUCUCACACUUUGGAUAUCAGCCCAAAGUGUAUUAUCCCAAGAGACCAGACAAGCCAGUCAACCAGGGUCUGGUGAGGCAAUGUAUGGAACUGGAUAUCCCAUUCGUUGAUAGUCCCGAGAGCGGGCUUCACGACUCUGACCUGAUUGUGGACGCCAUCUUUGGGUUCAGCUUUACGGGAGAUGUUCGCCAACCGUUCGUCUCUGCCAUUCAGGCCCUCAAGAACACCGCCAUUCCGAUCGUCUCUGUGGAUAUUCCUUCGGCGUGGGACGUUGAGAAAGGAAACAUUCGCGGGGAGGGAUUCCAGCCCUCGAUGCUUGUGUCACUGACAGCUCCCAAGGAAGGUGCAAAGGACUUUAAUGGCAAAUACCACUAUCUUGGAGGUCGUUUCAUAUCGAGGAAAAUGGAGGAAAAAUGGGGCCUCAACCUGCCACGGUUCCCAGGCACUGACCAAUGCGUGAGAUUGAACACUCGGUUGGAGAAGGACGCGAAACCAGGAAAGACCAGACGCGAACUUGAUGAAGGAAAUGAGCGAGUGGACCGAUACUUCAUGGACAAUAACAACGACCCGAAGCUACAGCGGCUGAUGUUCCCCUGGACUGGAACCCAGGGCCCAAUCAUUAACGGAAAGCUCAUCAUCAGCAACCGCGAGGAUGUCACUCUCAAAGCCCUCACCCUCACCUUCAAAGCAAAGAUAUCCUGCAGCUGGUCCGAGAACAAGGGAAACAAGUCACACUUUUACAACGCAAAGAAGCCUUUGCUGGAAAAGCAAUGGGUUUUCCUCGAAGGGUCGCAAGGGAAGCUUCAUAUGCUCCGCGCCAACCAGACCUACACUUACGACUUUCAAUUGGCACUGCCCGUCAACCUCCCCAACUCUCUCGCCAUGAGCAGCGGAAAGAUUGAAUACAUGUUCUCUGCCAACGGCAAACGCUCGACCUUCCAACUGGACCUCAACAAGGAACGCCUCGUCGAGAUCUAUCAGUCGCUGCCGCCUUCUCAUCCGCACUGUGUCUAUCCGAUCCAGCAGACAGCCGACUUUGAGCAGGCCCUCAACUACCUCGUCCAGCUCCCACACAAGGCCUUCCACCACGGGUCCACCAUCCCCGUCACCAUUCGACUUAAUCCCUUGCCAGGCUCUGGCGCUCAGUGGCACGUCACUGAAGUGACCAUGAAGGUCAAGGAGUACUUUUGGUUCAUUGUUCCCGGAAAGGCUAUGCGCCACGAAAAGCGCUCGUUGGUGGAUACAAAGCUCGGCAGUGGAAGCUGGCCCCUCCAAACUGGAGCAUUGGAACGGACGCUGUCCAUCAAUAUACCAGCCGUCAACAUCAUGAGCACCAUCGACACUGAGCUCGUCAAGUGUACCCACAAAUUCAAGAUGGUCAUCCAUAUCAACAUUAAUGGCAACAACAAGAAGCUGCCCGCCGACUUUGAUAUUUAUAUCCCAGGACCCUUCCCACCAGGACAAGGACCAUCUUUGGCCGCACCCCUCCAACAUCAACAACAACUUGUGCAGCAACAACAACAACUCAUGCAGCAACAACAACAACCGCCGCAACCACAGCAACAGCAACAACCUCCUCCUGCUGCAGCACAGGCUCAAAUGCCCUUCCAGCAACCUUACACACCAAUGCCACACCAACAGGCGCCCUAUACCCCUAAUGGCCAAUAUCCCUUGCCAGCCCAGCAGCCUACUGGAAUGCCAUUGCCGACUCCUUUAACGUCCACCACAAGCUAUCCCCCUCCUAUCCAGCCUUUGUCCUCGGCCUAUUCUCAUCCUAUGUCUCAGCCUUUUUCUCCUCCAGCUCCCUCAAUGCCCACACCAGGAGACCAGCCUAAUCCCUACAGUCAAGGUUACGGAACCCCUACCACUUCCAACAGCUAUCCUAUGGUUUCAUCACAGGGAUACCCCACACCAGGAAUGCCUCCCAUGCCAUCACCCACCUUUACCAACUAUCCAAUGCCGCCCUCGCCUAUCCCAGCGCCGACAUAUUCUGCUAGUCCAAACAUGACUUCUCCUGCGGCACAACAUGUUCCUAUGUCGAUGCAGAUGCCUAUAUCUACUCCUACGAUGCCUCUGGCCCAUAAUGGAGCAAACCAUGUUGUCAAUGCAUCGCCCACCAUGUCAUCCAGUCGUCAGACGCCGGUGAUACCUCAUAAUUACCUUCAGCAGCAGCAGCAGUUUUCAGCCUCACCCAAGGUCGAAUCGCCUAGAGCACCUGUCCCUGCGCUCCCCUCCGGUGACCGUUUUGACGACACUAUCAAGGUCAAUUUGGACGAUAUCAAGUUGCCUUCUACACCUUCUACACCAGCCACCGGGGCAGCGACAGUGGCGGCGGCGACGACAAUGGCAUCUCCAGGAUCGGCUAUAAUGGCUGCAGCGCCAGCUGCAACACAUUCAAAGAACCCGCAGCUUCGUGAGACGAUGGACGACUAUACUCGGGAGAUCAACGGCCAACUACCAAUGCAGUCCAGCUCUCAUUACUCGAGCUCGGCUAACAUCCAGGUGCCACUCGUACCGACGCAACCUCAGGGUCCACAUGCUGUCAAGGAAUCGAACGCGGAUCAGGGUUUAUAUUCGUACCAGCCUCCACCUCCCUCGGCCUCGAGUGCAUCUUUGUCGAAUGCGAUCAAACCCAAAGAGAAUAACGACCUCACGAAUCGAUUCAGUCAAAUGGGACUCCAUAGCAGCACGGUCUCGCAGCCUUCCCCUGUAGCUACAAUGUCCUCAGCGGCUCCCAGCAAUGGAAUUCUACCAGGAUUUGUGUCCCCGACGCCAUCUGCAUACACGCAACCGCCUCCAAUGGUAUCGCCAGCCGUCAACCCUGCAGCUCUUCGUCAAAACAGCGGGAUACACAACCCAAUGUCUCCAGUUUCUGCGGCUGCCACGGGAGCCGUUGUAGCAAGUCUGCAACAGCAACAGCAACAGCAACAGCAACAGCAGCAGCAACAGCAACAGCAGCAGCAACAGCAACAUCAACAACAAUUACAAUAUCAACAACAGCAACAACAACAACAACAACAACAACAACAGCAGCAGCAGCAUUUCCAGUUACAGCAGCAACAACAUUUUCAAGUGCAACCUAUGCAACCUGUCCAGCAAGUCCGGAGGCAGCAAGUGUGGAUCCCUAUGUACCACACGCUCUCUGGCAAGACAUAUGUCCAAUAUGUUCUCGCACCUUAG